ACGCUAUAAAAGACCGAAAAAGAAAGUGUGUUCCGUAUCAAUAAAAUAAAAAAACAAUACAUAACAAAUUGACCAGUUAGUAAAUACAUUUAGUUCAUAUUUGUAAAGUCAAUGACGAGGAGCGCGCAUUGAUAAGCGGGUGUCGUCGGCAAAACAUUCAAUAAUGGCAGCAACAAAAUCCGAAAAAUCAACAGCUAAAGAUCAAAGUUUCACUGUCAAGUCGUACCUUUUCGCCUAUAAUGCCAUACAGGUGGUUGGCUGGAGUUACAUUUUAUACCAGUUGGUGAACUACUAUCUGCUGCAAGGACCAGAAUUCCGAGCGAGUUUAACAUUAUGGGACUACACACGUUUGUCGGUUAUCGUUUUUCAGAAUGCUGCUUUCGUGGAAAUACUUAAUGCCUCAUUUGGAUUGGUAAAAUCGAACCCAAUGUUGACCCUGUUCCAGGUAUUCAGUCGAAUGAUGGUUGUGGUUGGAGUUGUCAUGGCCACACCGACAGCCAAGGAAUCACCGGGCCUGCCCAUUGCUUUAUUUGCCUGGUCGAUUACGGAGAUUAUUAGAUAUGGUUACUAUGCCCUAAACAUAGUGAAAUUUGUGCCAUAUCUUUUGGUUUUCUUGCGCUACACAACUUUUAUCUUUUUGUAUCCAAUUGGCGUAACUGGAGAGUUGUUGUGUUUCUGGUGGGCUCAACGUUAUGCCAAAAGCACCAGCGUAUGGUCCGUGGAGAUGCCGAAUGCCUACAACGCGACAUUUUCCUAUUUUGCCUUGCUGUGGAUUGUUAUGCUGGGCUAUAUACCAUUGUUCCCUCAGCUGUACAUGCAUAUGUUUGCCCAACGAAGAAAGAUUUUGGGAGGUGGUGCCAGUAAGACGGCUGCAAAAAAGAUUAACUAAACAUACGUGUAUUCCAAUUGCGCAAAGACAUCAAAUUUUCAUUUUUGUAUUGUCAAAAGUGAUCUUUUCAAUCACCAAAUUGGUUUUGCCCUGACACUGUAACAUAUUUGUUUGAACCGAAACCUGUUUGGUGUUUAGCCAUGCUUAUUAUCAUCGUCGUCGUGACCUUUGUAUUAUCUUUGAAAUGCAUAAGUGAUGUCAAUGAAGUGUUAUGUUAAGGUCUCUGCUCUUUCUCUUUGACACAUUUUAAACUUUCCAUUUUUAUUUUCAAAAGUUGAAAGUAUUUAAUUUGAAAUUUCUUCUUUACAUAAAAUCAUUUCUGCUGCAACUUGUAUUAGCUAAUACACAGGCAUUUUUUAAAUAAGUGUUUUACAAACAAGGUUAUGUGAAUAUAGUAUGUACGCAAUUUUCCAAUUUUUCCUUAUGGAAGUCAGCUUAAACUUUUAUAUAAUUUGUAUAAUGUAUAUUUACAUUAAUUUAUAAGCCAAUAAAUAAUGAAUGAGGCAGAAAAAUGCAAGCUUUAA